CCGCCGUCUGUCUUCUGCAGCCUCCGCUCUCGGAUCCACCACCCCCAUCCACUUCCUUUGGUGAUUUUUUUUUUUUUCCCGAGGAGAGGGCGGGGUCGGUGUCAGUCCCCUCCUCUCUCUUCCCCCUCCCUUUCCUUCUCGGUUUGAAUUUCUUCCUCUCGGCAUUUCACUGGCUCGCAGAGCAGGAGGCAAGACCCGCACGCAGGGAGAAGGAAGGCUGAGCCGCCCCUGCUGCUCCAAGCCCAGAAGAGCUGGAGCCUGGAGGGGCUGCGGGCAGGCGAGGAAACGGAGGGGGCGGCUCGGCGCUCCCUGGUCUUCGAGGACAGCCCAUCUCCCCUUGAGAGCCCCGCGGAGAGACGCACUGCAUCUACGCAGCCAGCCUUGGGAGUACCGCCGCCCGGGAGGCGCAGGAUGGUGGUGGCCGCGCCGGCCGGCUGCGGGGCAGCGCUCUGGUUCUGGAUGGUCAGCAGCUUCCUCUGCAGAGCCUGGACAGCUCCCUCCGCGUCCCAAAAAUGUGAUGAGCCCCUCGUCUCUGGACUCCCCCACGCAGUUUUCAGCAGCUCUUCAUCUAUGUCUGGUAGCUACUCUCCCGGCUAUGCCAAGACGAACAAGCGAGGGGGUGCUGGGGGAUGGUCUCCAUCCGACAGUGACCAUUAUCAGUGGCUUCAGGUUGACUUUGGCAAUCGGAAGCAGAUCAGUGCCAUUGCAACCCAAGGAAGAUACAGCAGCUCAGACUGGGUGACCCAGUACCGGAUGCUGUAUAGUGACACCGGGAGAAAUUGGAAGCCGUAUCAUCAAGACGGGAAUAUCUGGGCUUUUCCUGGAAACACCAACUCUGACAGUGUGGUCCGGCAUGAGUUGCAGCACCCAGUUAUUGCCCGCUACGUGCGCAUCGUGCCUCUGGACUGGAACGGAGAAGGCCACAUUGGGCUCAGAAUUGAAGUCUACGGUUGUUCAUACUGGGCUGACGUUAUCAACUUUGAUGGCCAUGUUGUGUUACCAUAUAGAUUCAGAAACAAGAAGAUGAAGACACUGAAAGAUGUCAUUGCCUUGAAAUUUAAAACCUCUGAAAGUGAGGGGGUAAUAUUGCACGGAGAAGGACAGCAAGGGGAUUACAUUACUUUGGAGCUGAAAAGAGCCAAGCUGGUCCUCAGUUUAAACCUAGGAAGCAACCAGCUUGGCCCCAUCUACGGCCACACGUCCGUGAUGACGGGCAGCCUGCUGGACGACCACCACUGGCACUCCGUGGUCAUCGAGCGACAGGGACGGAGCAUCAACCUCACCCUGGACAGGAGCAUGCAGCACUUCCGCACCAACGGCGAGUUCGACUACCUGGACCUGGACUACGAGAUAACCUUUGGAGGCAUACCUUUCUCCGGCAAGCCAAGUUCCAGCAGCAGAAAGAAUUUCAAAGGCUGCAUGGAAAGCAUUAACUAUAACGGCAUCAACAUUACUGAUCUGGCCAGAAGGAAGAAAUUAGAACCAUCAAAUGUGGGAAAUUUGAGUUUCUCCUGUGUGGAGCCCUAUACGGUGCCUGUCUUUUUCAAUGCUACGAGUUACCUGGAGGUACCUGGACGGCUUAACCAGGAUCUGUUUUCAGUCAGUUUCCAGUUCAGGACCUGGAACCCCAAUGGUCUCCUGCUCUUCAGUCAGUUUGCAGAUAACCUGGGCAACGUGGAAAUCGACCUGACAGAGAGCAAAGUGGGGGUCCACAUCAACGUCACCCAGACCAAGAUGAGCCAGAUAGAUAUUUCCUCAGGCACUGGGUUGAAUGAUGGACAGUGGCAUGAAGUCCGCUUCUUAGCCAAGGAAAACUUUGCUAUCCUCACCAUUGAUGGAGAUGAAGCAUCAGCAGUGCGAACAAACAGUCCUCUACAAGUUAAAACUGGAGAGAAGUACUUCUUUGGAGGUUUUCUGAACCAGAUGAAUAACUCCAGUCACUCUGUUCUUCAGCCCUCAUUCCAAGGAUGCAUGCAGCUCAUUCAAGUGGAUGAUCAACUUGUAAAUUUAUACGAAGUAGCACAAAGAAAGCCGGGAAGUUUUGCAAAUGUCAGCAUUGACAUGUGCGCCAUCAUAGACAGAUGUGUGCCCAAUCACUGUGAGCAUGGUGGCAAGUGCUCGCAAACGUGGGACAGCUUCAAAUGCACUUGUGAUGAGACAGGGUACAGCGGGGCCACCUGCCACAACUCUAUCUACGAACCUUCCUGCGAAGCCUACAAGCACCUGGGCCAGACGUCAAAUUACUACUGGAUAGACCCUGAUGGCAGUGGACCCCUGGGGCCUCUCAAGGUGUACUGCAACAUGACAGAGGACAAAGUGUGGACCAUCGUGUCUCAUGACUUGCAGAUGCAGACAACUGUGGUAGGCUACAACCCAGAAAAGUACUCAGUGACACAACUCAUCUACAGUGCCUCCAUGGAUCAGAUCAGCGCCAUCACCAGCAGUGCCGAGUACUGUGAGCAGUAUGUCUCCUACUUCUGCAAGAUGUCGAGAUUGUUGAACACCCCAGAUGGAAGUCCUUACACUUGGUGGGUUGGCAAAGCCAAUGAGAAGCACUACUACUGGGGAGGCUCCGGGCCUGGCAUUCAGAAGUGCGCCUGUGGCAUUGAGCGUAACUGCACAGACCCCAAGUACUACUGUAACUGCGACGCCGAUUACAAGCAGUGGAGGAAGGAUGCUGGCUUCUUAUCCUACAAAGAUCACCUGCCCGUGAGCCAGGUGGUGGUUGGAGAUACCGACCGGCAAGGCUCAGAAGCCAAACUGAGUGUGGGUCCCCUCCGCUGCCAAGGAGACAGGAAUUACUGGAAUGCUGCCUCUUUCCCAAACCCGUCAUCCUACCUGCACUUCUCUACUUUCCAAGGGGAAACCAGCGCUGACAUUUCCUUCUACUUCAAAACAUUAACCCCCAAGGGAGUGUUUCUUGAAAAUCUGGGGAAAACAGAUUUCAUCAAGCUGGAACUGAAAUCUGCCACCGAAGUGUCCUUCUCAUUUGAUGUCGGAAAUGGGCCCGUGGAGAUUGUGGUGCGGUCGCCCUCCCCUCUCAAUGACGACCAGUGGCACAGGGUCACCGCAGAGCGGAACGUGAAGCAGGCCAGUCUGCAGGUGGAUCGGCUGCCCCAGCAGAUCCGCAAGGCCCCGACAGAAGGUCACACUCGCCUGGAACUCUACAGCCAGCUCUUCGUCGGUGGCGCUGGAGGGCAACAAGGCUUCCUGGGCUGCAUUCGCUCCCUGAGGAUGAAUGGGGUGACCCUUGACCUGGAGGAAAGAGCCAAAGUCACAUCCGGCUUCAAAUCGGGAUGCUCCGGCCACUGCACCAGUUAUGGAACAAACUGUGAAAAUGGAGGCAAAUGCAUAGAGAAAUACCACGGGUACUCCUGCGAUUGCACUAAUACAGCCUAUGAUGGGACAUUUUGCAACAAAGAUGUUGGCGCAUUUUUUGAAGAAGGGAUGUGGCUGCGGUAUAACUUCCAGGCCCCAGUAGUCAGCGCGAGAGACUCAGGCAGCCGGGCCGAGAACUCUCUGGAGCAGCAGAACUCGCCCCCGGACCUGGCCCAGGAGGAGAUCCGCUUCAGCUUCAGCACCACCAAGGCGCCCUGCAUCCUCCUCUACGUCAGCUCCCUCACCACAGACUUCCUGGCAGUCGUCGUCAAACCCACUGGAAGCUUACAGAUUCGGUACAACCUGGGAGGCACCAAAGAGCCCUAUAACAUUGACCCAGACCAAAGGAAUAUGGCCAAUGGGCAGCCCCACAGUGUGAAUAUCACCCGUCGUGAGAAGACCAUCAUUCUCAAGCUUGACCACUAUCCCACACAGAGUUACCAUCUGCCAAGUUCAUCUGACACACUCUUCAAUUCUCCCAAGUCGCUCUUUCUUGGAAAAGUUAUCGAAACAGGGAAGAUUGACCAAGAGAUCCACAAAUACAACACGCCAGGAUUCACCGGUUGCCUCUCCAGAGUCCAGUUCAACCAGAUCGCCCCUCUCAAGGCCGCCUUGAGGCAGACGAACGCCUCGGCCCACGUGCACAUCCAGGGCGAGCUGGUGGAAUCCAACUGCGGUGCCUCCCCGCUGACGCUGUCCCCCAUGUCGUCUGCUACAGACCCCUGGCACUUGGAUCACUUGGAUUCAGCCAGUGCUGAUUUUCCAUACAAUCCAGGACAAGGGCAAGCUAUAAGAAACGGCGUCAACAGAAACUCAGCUAUCAUUGGAGGGGUCAUUGCUGUGGUGAUUUUCACCAUCCUGUGCACCUUGGUCUUCCUCAUUCGGUACAUGUUUCGUCACAAGGGCACCUACCACACCAAUGAAGCGAAGGGAGCAGAGUCCGCAGAGAGCGCAGAUGCUGCCAUCAUGAACAACGACCCCAACUUCACAGAGACCAUUGAUGAAAGCAAAAAGGAGUGGCUCAUUUGAGGGGCGGCUUAUUUGGCUAUGGGCUAGGGAGGGGGGAACGCUGAGGGAGGAGGGAAAGGGACAAUAGCACCCUGCUUCAUAUUCUUGAGCACAUCCUUAAAAUAUCAGCACAAGCUGGGGAGGCAAGCAACAGAAUAUUCUUGAGACUGAUCACCAUACACAAAAAAACUUUUUAAUAUUUCUUUAUAGCCAAGUUUCCCCUUCUAUAUCAAAACAAAAUAAUACAAAAACUGCUUUUAGAGUUUAAGCAAUGGUUGAAAUUUGUAGGUAAUACCUGUCUUAUUUUGUGUGUGCUUAGAGGUGUUCUAAAAACCCGUGGUAACAGGGCAAGUUUUCUACAUUUUUAAGAGCCCUUAGGAUGUGGAUAUUUUUUCUUGAGAAAAGCCGAUGCACAUACGUAUGGCCUCCAACAUUCUCUUCCUUUUGCAUAUAGUCAACUUUUAAUGGGCUAUUGUAGUAACUACUUCGUGUUCAUAUGAUAUUUCUUUUGAUGUUCUAUAAACUGGAAAAAGAGAGGGGCAAAAAGAACCUGUUUGCCAGUUUUCAAAGAGGUCUCAAUCCGUGCUGGCUGAGGGUUCCUGCCUGAAACCAGCAGUUGAAAGAGAGAGUGUGUCACACCUGUGUGUGACAACAUCCUCAACACAAGUGGAGAGAAGCGCGAAAAAGCCAGGGAAAGUAGUGUACAGUGGGAUUGUUGGUUUUAUUUUUCAUUGAAUUCUACAGAUAAUAUUGUUCCAUGUAUGUAGUCUUAGACUUACUCAAUAUCUGUAACUAUCAACUAUAAUACUGUGGUAACCAGCUGUUACAAAAGACUUUUCCUCUGUUUUACUUGCAACAUACUGGACUACAUUAUAUGUGUAUAUGCACCUCCAUGGAGAAUUAGAGCCAGAUGUUAUGAUUUGUUUGCUGUUUCUUUUUAUAGUCGUAGCAAAACUAUGGACACUUUCUAAUGAAUGCAUAACCUAGUUGUUUUUAUUUUGUUUUAAAUUCCAAAUUUUUACGUCCCUGUAACAAAGUCCUACCAGGGACAUAAUAAAGUCACGUUAUUGCCCCUACUCUGGAAUCAUAUGGAAAACACUGCCAUAUUUUAAAUCAACUUCUCCACGUGUUGUUCCAUCCAAAACAGACACUGCCGUGAUUCAGGGAUCUUCAAUAGACACAUUUGAACCUCAAGUUCAUCUCAAACCUGGUAACUGAUUGUUGCUUCUCAGAGAAUGGACAUGUCUAGUUAAUCACACCUCUUAGCUUAAACAGGAACCUUGAUCAACAAAUAAGUCAUUUAUUCCAACAAAUAAGUCAUUGAUUUUUAAAGAAUAGACUUUGUGUAAACAAAUGGGGACAGCGUUCCCUAUUGGAGCAUCCCAAAACAUUAAGUUUGUUUAUUAAAAAGAGAUUACAUCAACAUUACUUCUAGAAUGACUACCAUUAUGACCACUAUACUUGAUGCCUCUUAUUUGAUAAGAAUUUUUAGGCUCCAAAUUUCAGGAAGUGAGUAUGAACUCCCCUUCCUUCUCCUAUAGGGAGAUGAGAUUAAAAAGAUAUGAAAGCUUCAUGAAAUUGGAAUUCUAUUUGUGAGAACUGUGUACACAUACUAUCCAAGAUUCUCAGCAUGCCUAACUUAUUGAGGAUCUCAAUUUCUUGAGCAAUGGCAAACAUCAUCCCAAGCUGCCAAUGGCCCAUUGCGACAGUGCAUGACACAUCCCAAAGGAAACGUCAGACCAGGUCCUCUCCAUUGAGGUCAAGGGAACAGAACAAAAGGAGUCUGAUACCUUUACAAAUGCUGGCUGACCUCGGGCUCUCAUGAACACCCUUACUUUAAACACGCUUUGGUUAUUCUUCCAUUCAAUACCUUUAAAAAGGCAAAAUAUUUAAUAUGACAAAACUAUCAAAAAAAUGUAGGAUUCACAAAUGACUCACAGAAAGCAAAGACUACGACUCUCACAGCAAAGCCAUAUAGACACAGAAAGCAAAGCAAGAUGACUAUCACUAAGGGUUCUUUUAAGCAUUGUCAAAUUGGAGAGGCAAAUAUUAAAAAUUAUGAUUUAGAUGUGGCUCCGAUUUUUCAAACCUAGUUUGCCAGUAUUAUUUUGCACAUAACAAAUGAUGAUGCCAGAUAGAAAUUUAUCAUUUCUUGAAUUUCUCAUGAUAGCCUUAGCCUUGAUGCAUUAUCCCAACACGUUUCCUUUCUUCCCCAAAUGAUUACAGGAUUAAAACUACCAAAGCACAGCCGCUGACACUAAAAUGUUCUCAUCCUUUUUCUUCCCUCUACUCUUGCCUCCUCCCUGCCACAACAGGUGAGAAGUAAGCUUCCACUUUUCUUUCAUCAUUUUUCAUAUCUGGGGCCCAUGGUCAGCAGUGAUCCCACAUCACCGUCAAUUAAGACAGAGAGGUCUGACAUCCCCUUUUCCCCUAAGAAGGUUACAACGUGGCCAGCAGAACAAGACACAAAAAGAGGGAUUAGACAGGAAGUAACUAAGUGCCAAAUGAGUGCUGGAAAUCUUGGUCUGCCAACUGGGAUUAUGGGCUUCACCAACGUUCCUCUACCUGUUUAUCCAGGCCCUACCUACUACAUCCUAAAUGCUAAAUAAUUUAUGCAAACAAGAAGGAAUAACUUUUCCCCUGCUCCCUCCUCCAACGGCAGGGCGCAAUCAGCCUCGGUAGCCAUGACGUUAUUAUCCAAGCUCCAUGCCUAAACAUGCUUUGUCAUUCAUACCCCACAAAUCGUGACAUCCUACAUCCAAAUACAUUAUCAAGCAAGCACAGAAAGUGACUGGUAGCCCCUUGAAAUAAGAAGAGUAAAUUAAAAAAUAAAACAACAAAAUCCUGGAGGCUACUUUAAGCCUUAAGGAAUGCCGGUGGCCAAUUGAGUUUUUUUUUUUUUUGUGCAGGAAGAAUUCUCUGCACAUAAAACAAACAUCAGAAGACCUCUCUUUGUCUCUCCCUAACUCUGCCUUUCAAAACAACAAAAAACAAAAAACAAACAACAAACAUCUGUGUUCCUAGAAGCAGGGAGUAGAGGACUUGAAACACGAAAUGAGUGCCAUUAUAAACAUUCAAAAUAGCAUAUUUCCUAGAGC